GUGGUGACAUUAUGGUACAGAGCACCAGAAAUUCUUCUGGGUGCAAGGCAGUAUUCUACCCCUGUUGAUGUGUGGUCGGUUGGUUGCAUUUUCGCCGAAAUGGUGAAUCAGAAACCCCUAUUUCCUGGUGAUUCUGAGAUUGAUGAACUCUUCAAGAUUUUCAGAAUUAUGGGCACUCCUAAUGAAGAAACCUGGCCAGGUGUUUCUUCGUUACCUGACUACAAAUCAGCUUUCCCCAAGUGGCCGUCCGUGGAUCUCGCAACUGUGGUUCCAACACUCGAACCUUUGGGACUUGAUCUUCUCUCUAAAAUGCUCUGCUUAGAUCCAACCAGAAGAAUCAACGCCCGAACCGCCCUCGAGCACGAGUACUUCAAGGAUCUGGACGUAUCCUCGUAGAUCACUUGCCCUGCUCCUCUGUAAAUUAAGAUCGCGUCGACUGAUCGACAGCUUCCUGGAUCGUGUACUCUGUGCUCCUUUCUCUCCUAUUCUUUCUGACUCUGGCUGUGUAGAGAGAAAUGAGAACGGAGGCGCCUCCUGAUUCACCCUUC